AUGUCGAGGUACGUUCCGCCGCACCGCAAGCGAGAGGUGAGCGAGAUCGCUGGUGAUGGUGCAACCACGGAGAACAGCGGUGGGAAGACGACCUCGGAGGAGCUACAGCGUGAGUCGUGGCAGGCGCUCAGUCGUAGCAUCACCGGCAUUAUCAAUCGAGUGAGCGGCGAUAACGUGCAGCUGUCUGUCACAGAGUUGUUUCGUGAGAACAUUAUCCGUGGCCGAGGUCUGCUCUGCCGCAGCCUCAUGCGGGCGCAGUUGGCGGACCCUGACCUCUCAAACGUCUUUUCCUCCCUCGUCAGUCGUGUAAACAAGGAGUUUUCUAUAAUUGGUCUCCUGCUUGUUAAGCGGCUUGUGGUGCAGUGGUGGCGGCUGCAUCGCCGCCGGGAUUGGACGGCGCUGCGCUGCGUCAGCCGCUUCCUCGCCUGGCUCUACAUCUUCAACGUGGUGAGUGUGGAGGUCAUCUACCAAAUAAUUCUCGCCCACCUCACCUCGGAAAAGCGCUGCGACGACGACGUCGAUCAGGCGGCGGCUCUCUUUCGUGAAACGUUCCGUGCCAUGUCGCAGCGAGACGUGGGGGAGUUCCACGCCCAUGUGCUGACGCCGAUUCGUGACCUCCUCGCGAUGGACGACGACGCGCUGCGCCUCUCCGCGCGUGCGCAGACGCUGCUGGAGGCGUGCCUGCGCGAGGUGCAGGCGUGGGAGCGGGUGAAGCACACUGUCUCGAUCAUCCCGCCCCACUUACUGCUGGUGGAGCCCAGUGAGCAGAAGUGCCACGAGGUGGACCUCGAUGAGGCGGCGACGAUGAACGCGGAGGAGCAACUCGAUCGCUUUUCCGUCGAUGCGGAGUACGACGCCCACGAGGACGCGUACGAGGCGGCGCGGUGUGCGGUUCUGGGCGACGACUGGGAAACCGAGCUCUUGGAGCAGGUGGCGGCGGCUGAGGAUGAGGCGGCGGCAGCUGACGAGGUGGAGGAGGGGCCUGGCGUCCAGGGACGUAUGGGGCAAGAGCAACACCCCGCCGGAGAUGCCGUGAAACACAUUGUUGAUGAACGCGAGCGGCAGCUUCGUAAGGACGUGUACAUGGCGAUCCGCAGCAGCGUCCGCGCGGACGAGGUGGUGCACAAGAUCCUGAAGUCGAUGCCUCCCCAGGCGGAGCGCACCGUGUGCUUCAUGGUGGUAGAGGGCUGCUGUGAGGAGUCAAUCUACAAGCGAAUCUACGGCAUGGUGGCCGAACGCCUCUGUAAGAGUAAUGCGAAGUUUCAGGGUUUUUUUGCGGAGGCCUUUCGCGCGCGCUACGAGCACGCAGAGGAUCUUGUGGAGAAACAAAUUGAGUACACGUGCAAGAUUUACAGUCAUCUUUUACGCACCAACUCACUGCCGUGGCAGAGAUGUCUUUCCGUGCUUGACAUCAUUGAAAGCGACAUGUCGCAGCGCCUUGUGAUUCAGUGGCUGCUGCAAGGAAUGGUGGAGGCGCUUGGGAUGCGUGCGGUGCAGGAACGCUUCGAGAAGGACAAGGAGCUGCGGUCAAGCACAGCCAAACUGUUCCCUCUCAACGCGCCCGAGGAGGGGUUGGAGCGGGCCGUGAAUCUGUUUGAGGCGAUGGGGCUCGGCGAGUUAGGUGCCGGCGUGCGGGCACAGCUGGAGAAGCUGCGCCGCUCGCGAAUGGCGAUGUACGCGAGCGCCACCUCCACCUACAACAGUCGGGGGCCCGGCGGUGACGCGGACUACUACAGGAGCCACAAGCGGUCACGAGAGAACAUGAGGGAGUACAUUUAG